AUGUCAAUCAAAUACAUGUUCAAAUACGUCAACAAGGGUCAUAAUCGAGUUACAACGGCAUUUUACGAAAGAUGCAAUAUAGAUGGUUGUGCUGAGAUUCGUGACGAGAUAAAGAUGUACUACGAUUGCAGAUAUCUUUCAGCAUGUGAGGCAAUGUGGAGGUUGUUUAAUUUAGAUAUUCAUUACAGAGACCCAUCCAUAAUUAGGCUAAGUUUUUAUCUCCCAGAUCAUCAGUCGCUUGUCUUCAAUGAAAACAAGUCAUUACAAAGUGUUCUGGAUAGGCAAUCUGCCAAGCAAACGAUGUUCUUAGCGUGGUUUGAGGUAAACAAAAGUUAUCCACAUGCCAGGGACUUGAGGUACGGAGAUUUUCCACAGCAGUUUGUGUAUAAGGAGGAUUCUUGCACUUGGGCGCCAAGAAAAAAUGAAUUUUCUAUUGGUAGGAUUGCAAAUGUUCCCCCUGCAAAGGGGGAAGACUAUUACCUUAGGUUGCUACUUAACAUUCAGAGGGUGCAGGUGUUACGAGGACAUCAGAAAGUUGCUGACUACGUUUACCCUACGUUCAGGGAUGCGUGUUAUGUGUUGGGUUUGUUAGACGACGAGAAAGAAUACAUGAAUGCGAUAAGAGACGUGAAUGCUUGGGCAUCUUGGGAUUAUAUAAGGAGGUUAUUUGCGGUUAUGCUGCUUUCCAAUAGCUUAAGUCGGCCCGAACAUGUUUGGCAAAGUUUUUGUUCGGGUUUGGCGGAGGGUAUUGCUUACAGAGAACAAUGGCUUCAUAAUAAUCCAGAUUUGUCUAUAUCGGAUGAAAGCUUGAUGAACUAUACUCUCACUAAACUAGAGAAAAUAUUGCAAAGUAAUGGUAAAAGUCUACAUAAUUACGUGCCCAUGCCAUUUCCAAUUGAAUUCGCGGUGGAGGACACAAUAAACAUAUUGGUCUUAGAUGAACUGGAUUACGACGGUUUGAAAUGGGUAAAGAACUUCAACGUCCGUUCCAAUGGAGAGAUUGUAAUUAAUGUUGCAUCGAGUGGUAUAUCAUCGUUAUUGCUCAUCGGUGGAAGAACAACUCAUUUUCGAUUUCCACUUCCCAUAACUGUAAACGAGACUUCCACCUACAGCAUAACGCAACAAAGUCCACAGGUGGAGUUGAUGAUUAGGGCUAAGCUUAUUAUGUGGAACGAGGCUCCUAUGAUGCAUAUGAACUGUUUUGAAGCGCUUGAGAAGACAAUUAAGUCAAUAUUACAGGUAGACAAACCGUUUGGAGGUAAGGUGGUUGUUCUUGGAGGAGAUUUUAGGCAGAUUUUACCAAUUGUAUUGAAAGCAUCAAGGCAGGACAUAGUACAUGCUACGGUAAACUCCUCUCCGUUGUGGCAUUUCUGUCGUGUCAUGAAGUUGAGUAAGAACAUGAGAUUGCAGUCAUGUUCUUCUCCAACUAAUGUGGACGAGGUAAUAGAAUUUGGGGAUCGGAUACUAAAGGUUGGUAAUGGGAAUGUUAGGGAACAAUAUGAUGGUGAAGCUUCGCUAGAGAUUCCCGAGGACUUGUUGAUUGGUGAUUCAGAAGAUCUAUUCAGAGACCUACUGAACUUCGUCUAUCCUGAUUUGUUGAGUAACAUGUAUGAUCCAGAUUAUUUUCAAGGGAGGGCGAUUCUUGCAGCAACUAAUGAACGCGUCGAGUCUGUGAAUGAUCACUUGAUGUCUCUCCUUCCAGGUGAGGAGAAGGUGUACCUGAGCUCAGAUAGUAUGUGUAGGGACGAGCGAACAACGGAUCGGAGGAUAAUGCAAAAAUCUAUUCGACUCAAUUUCUCAACACAAUAA